AUGUGGCAGGACAAUGACGAUCUUCGUAUAGAACAACAUAAAACCAAGGAUGGGGUUCAGUCCACGGUCCAAGGGUGGAUGAACGACGACAGCCCACUGAUCGACUUUGGGGACAAACCACUGGUCGACUUUGGCAAUGGACCAAUGACCGACUUCGGCCAGAAACCACUGACCGACUUCGGUGAUAGGCCUCUGGCCGAUUUUGGCCAAAGACCGCUGACGGACUUCGGCCAAAGACCACUGACCGACUUCGGCGAUCGCGACAGACCUCUGGCCGAUUUUGGCCAAAGACCGCUGACGGACUUCGGCCAAAGACCACUGACCGACUUCGGCGACAGACCUCUGGCCGAUUUUGGCCAAAGACCACUGACGGACUUCGGCCAAAGACCACUGACCGACAUCGGCGACAGACCUCUGGUCGAUUUUGGCCAAAGACCACUGACGGACGGCCAAAGACCACUGACCGACAUCGGCGACAGAUCGCUGACCAAUGGCGGCAGCCGCUACACCAUGGAUGGCAAAAAGAUAGUCCAUGAGGAAGAAUGGUUCUACAAAGAUGGGCGAUGGCUAAGAAUCUGGAUAUACGAGGACGAGAUCAUUGAAGUGGAGGACAUCAGAGCCCGUCUGGAGGUGGAGGCGUACGCCAGGUCACGGACUGUGAUGAGAGAAGUCGUGAAGGAAGAAGUGGUUAAAGAGGAAGUCGAGGAACAGAUUAAGGGCCCAGGCAUGAGGAUCACCAUCAGAGGACCGUUCAAGGUCAGACAGAGAAUUCCUCCGGCAGUCAAGUGGAAGAAGAAAGUACAGGAGGUUAAGAAAAUAUCGCGAGUGUUGGAGGCAAUGGAGGAGACAGAUUCGGGCGUUGAGACCACACCAACACACGAGGUCAGGAAACUAAAACAGAUCAUCUAUGGCGUUGGGGAGGAAUACAUGGGAGUACGCCCGGAGGUACCGGGGGUUCAGCUGUACCAAGCGAAACUAGUAUCAUCAGGUCAUGACGAGAUACACAUGGCAAAGAUAGAGACGGUGACGUCUGAAGAUCCAUCCUUCCUUCAAGGCAUUCUGAGGAGCGACUACAUACCGAUGGAGGAAACUAAAGACCUGGACCAAAACAUAGACUAUCAGCGCGAAUUUGGCCAGUAUGUAGAAGUAGAGCGUAGCAGAGCAGAGCAGUCAAUCUCUAGAAGUGAGGAUCCGACUUACAACAGAGUUACAGAAGAGGAGUCAAGAACGUCACUAGAGGAGGUAAGUGAUGUUAUCCCUGGCAUAGUCUACACAAAGCCAUGCUACGAAUCAAUGAGACAGGACAAGUUUGACGCAAAUGCAAGACAAGUACUGAGCGAAAGUCCGGUGUACUUGGAAGCAACGCAGAUGGAGACAGUGGUUCCCGUAGAAAGUGCAUCUGAAGACUUCAACAUUCCAAGCACAGAUUACUCCACUGUGGAGUACGACGUCGUUACACAACAGCGGUUUCAGACAAAGGAGAAGUUUAUGACGAGCGAGGCGGCAGAGUACCACAAGGGAGUGGAAGGAAGCAUCUUUCUAUCAACAGAAGAAAUCAAGACAUCAGGAAACCUGGAGAGCUUCGAAUACGAGAACCUGUACCCCAAGAACAUUGACGUCACAGUCAACAAGGCCGCAAAGGUGACAGUAAGAAGCUUGGACCCGACAUACCAUAAAGCUGAUGUUGGAGAAAUCAAGCAAUCCUUCAAUGAGCGGACUGACCUGAUCCCGGGUUAUGAGUAUGAAAAGUCCUCCCACGAAACGCUAACCGUGGAACAAAAUAAAGCGUCUUUCGAUAUCGUUACCAGCGAAACGCCACAAUUCCUUGAAGCAAUGGAGAUGGAAACGGUGACUCCUGUAGAAACUGUAUAUGAAGAUAAAAACCUCCCUGACCUUAGGUACUCCACAUUGGAAUACGACAUGGUGACACAGCAGCGUUUUCAGCCAAAGGAACAACACACCACGAGUCAGGAACCAACCUACAACAAGGCAGUUGAAGCGAAGACGUUCGUAACGUCAGAGGAGAUCGAUGACACACUGGAGGGCUUCGAAUAUCUUAACGUAACGCCCACGAACUUAGACGUCAUUAGCGACAGGGCCGUGGGGACAACUUUCAGGAGUAUGGAGCCGACAUACCAUAAACAUGUGGUGGAAGAGAUGAGGGAAUCACUUCAUCAAGUGAAAGAGAAGGUCCCAAGCAUAGAGUACAAAGUACCCUCAUACAAAGAAGUAGACGUGGACGUCAAUAAAGCUUUCACGACCAUGGUGACGACUGUAGCUCCACGAUAUUUGGAAGCAGUUGAAGGAAUGGCCAUCCAACCAAUAGUGGAGGCUGGGGCAGCUGUGGAGUGGUCGAUAAUUGUUUUCGUUGAGCCACAAUACACGGUCGUUGCAUCAGACCAGUACAAGGCAAACCAGACAUUCACCAAGACGCAGGACCCAACAUUUCACAAGGGGAUUGAAAGGAGUUUAUUUGCCUCCGCCGAGAAUGUUAAAGAAUUCUUUGAUACAUUCGAGUACCACAAUCUGAAUUCCGAAUACUUAGAUGUGCAGAAGAACAGGACAACAGAAACAAGAAUAAAAAGUGAAGACCCAAGUUACAAAAAAGCUGAAGAAAAAACAGCCAAGAUUUCCCUCGAUGAGCUAGAAGGAGUUGUCCCUCGUAUUGUUUUUGAGAGACCUUGCUAUAUUCAAACGAAAAAAGAGGUCCACGAGGCUUUUGCUGGUGUAAUUCCAAGUGAAUCCCCAUGCUUUUACAAAGCAGAGGAAGGGGAGGUAAGAUUGCGGUUGGUUUCUGAAUCUAACGUUUCUGGGCUUUCGCCCAUAACAUGGCACCAGGCAGCGGAAACAAAAACAGAUCAACAAGUAUUCAAGACAAAGUCUUCCAUGGUCAACACACAGAUAGAAUAUCACAAAGGAAAAGUGGAGAAAGCAUACCUUACCUUGGAGGAAGUCAAGCCUAACAUUGAAAAACUAGACUUCUUGAAAGCAGCGACAGAACUCACCAAGAAGCUCGACACAACGAGGGUUCAUGCCACUAAAGAGAGGAGCGAAAACCCGCAGUACCUACAGGUAACAGAAGGCAAAGUAGACCUGAAAAUUGUUCGAGAGACAAUCUUCAAACUUUCUCCAAUCAAUUGGCACCAAGCGGCGCAAGGAACAGCCGACCAAUCCAGUUUCAGAGCAAAAUCAGACAAAGUCAAGACUGAAAUAGAAUACAACAAGGUGAAGGAAACAGAAAUACAGCUUCCAGUGGAGGAGACAGACGACAACGUGAAGAAGAUAAAGUACUCAAAAGCUGCAGUAGAACUAACAAAUCAGUUGCCAGUAUCACAGGCAUUGACAUCUAAGGAAAGGAGUCAACUUCCAAUGUAUUUGGAGGCGAAGGAGAGCAAGUUAGAGCUACAGCUGUUACCAAGGACCAGUCUAAAGAAAAUGUCUCCAUUAGAGUUCGAGAAACUUCAAACAACAGACAUCAAAAAGGCACCCUUCCAUAUGGUGAAGAAAGAGUCAGUGUCCGUUGGCGUUCCAAUACAUCGUGUUACGGAAAACAAGGUUGAGGAUACGUCAGAGAAAAUCAGUGGUAAAAUCAAAGGUCUGGAGUACGAACAUGCAAGCUGUGAAGCGGUCAAGCAGGACGUUCUCAAGCACCACACAGACACAACUUUUACCUCCGACGCGACGUAUCUCCACGAGGAGACAGACACGGCAACACUUGAGGUCGAAAAGGUUGAGUCUGAAAUAGCAGCGAUAGGAUAUAAACAGGCAGAGGCGAUAAACAUCCCAAAGGUUCCAGAACACAUGGUGAAGGAAGAGACAGUUUCUGUUGGUGUGCCAAUACAUCGUGUCACCGAAAACAGGACUGAGAAUAAGUCAGAGCAAAUCAGUGGCACCAUUGAAAGUCUGCAGUACGACCAUGCAAAUUAUGAAGAACUCAUGCAGGAAGUACAAAAACACGACACAAGCACGGCCUUCUCCUCUGACGCAAAGUACCAUCAAGCGGAAUCGGACACAACAACACUUGACGAGGAACGUGUUGAAUCUACAUUACCUGCGUUCGCCUACAAGCAGUUAGAAAUAACAAGUAUCCCAAUGAUUCCCAACCACAUGGUGAAAGAGGAGGCAGUGUUCGCUAAUGUACCCGUACAUCGUGCUACAGAAGCCGACUUUAAGAUCGAGCCAGAAGAAGUCGGUACAGUCAAGAUACAGGUAUAUGAAAAGGCAACCAAGGAAGAGGUGAACCAGGAGAUUUUGGAACACCACACAGAUUUGUCGUCCUCCUCUGAUGCAGAGUACCAUCACGCGGGAUUGGAUCAGGUCACACUUGAGGAAGAAACGGCUGGACCUGCCAUCGAGCCGUAUGAGCUUGACGCCUGCACCCCGUCUACAGUGGCCGUACAACAGUACAUGGCAAACACAGAGGAGACUCAUGCCGCUGCACCAAAAUUCCUCCACGCUGUGCAAAAUGAGAUGCUGACACCUUCCGAACAGACCAGGAAAGGCGCACCGCCCAUUCCAUGGGACAAGGCAGAUGUCGAUCAGAUCAGUGUGGAGGUUCAAAAAACCGAGGCAACACUUUCGAAGUCAUCUUGUCCUCGAUACGAAGCAGCUGAAAGAGGAAUGGAACUAGAAAUUGAGGAAGUAAGAAACAUAAAAGAUGUUGACUACGAAACUGGAGAACAAAUCCCGGUAGACCAGGUGCUUUUUACACCGAUGUCAGAGAAGACAGAAUCAGCCGAAGCAGAAUACCUACAUGCAGAUGUAGCAAAGGAAGAAGUUUCUGCGGAAAGUACAGAAACGUUUGAUGGUUUCACAGCGCAGGAGCCAAAGUACAUGCUGAUAGAACGAACUGAACGUAAAGUGGAGAACGUUGCCCUCCAGAAGACAGAAAGCCCGCAAUAUCACAAGGGAGGGCAAAACUCAGAGACCAUCGAUGUUUUCCAAAUUGAUGGAGAGUUUGAAGCCCUUCAAUAUGACUCACCUGUGUUCAAUGCUAUCCCCAACGAACCCACUCCAAAUGUGGAAGUUGGACUACAGAAGGCUUCUGUCAACCUGAUCACUCCAACAGAGGACAAGAUUGAUCUUGAGCUCGACAAGACGAACGAAGGAGUUGAACCAUUCGUUGUGGAGAGAGCGACGAUAGAUGUGGAGCCAUUACAAGAGAUAUCCAGUCCUUUGUACGUGUCCCAACAGGACGCAAUACUUAAUCCCCUCCCGAUCCACGAAGCGCAGGAAGAGGAGGCACCCAAUUGGGAGACAGGAGAGGAAACGAUGUUUGAGGAGAUGAAUCUGACAAAGGCCAAACCAUCAGUAGCUCUUGGACAGUUAUGUAAGGCAGAUAAAAGACAACCAAAGGUGCAACUUGCCCCGGAGCCAGCUCCAGUCAUAGCAAGUGAGGUCAGCCAAGUUCAACGAUCCAUUGAACCUCCUCCAAGACGCAGGUUCCGUUUGAAAGAAAAGGUACUAGAUCAGCCAUUGGAGGAGACUGAAGAGAUACCCCAAGUAGUGCAAAAUACAGUCGAGGCUAAAUUGGUGCCGAAAGAAAAACAUGAAACUGUCAUCAGCAGCCAGAUACGGACAUACCUCAUGGAUAUCAAGUUUGCAAAAGAACAGGAUGAAGAGAUAGAGCUAGGUGAACUCGAGGAGUUACUUGCAUAUAUCAUGAAUAACGCAAACGAAGACAUGGAAGAAUUGAUAACAUUUGGCAAGGUGGAAGUUGUAGACCAGAAGGUGGCCAAAUUGGACCUUCCCAAGUUGGAAUUCCAUGAAGAAGAGCAGCAAUUUACCGCUCCAGAUCUUAAUCUUGCUCCAGUUUCUCGAGCUCUCCUCAAACAGCCUGUCGAAAAUACUGUGAAAGAUGUUGACACGGAUACCGUCUAUGAAAUCCCAGACACCGCAUAUGAACAAAAGGAGGGAGAUACCGUAUUUCAAGACACAGUGCACACGGCAGAAGAAAAUGUCGUUGACAUUCACAAAGCCCCAAUGAUAUACUACGGAGAAGAGAAUGUCUCCAAUGUUGAAACCGGGGAGUUUGAAGUGUUUGCAGAGCCUUUCAAAUCUUCAGCAAUAAUGGGCGAGGAAGAAGCGCUAGAGCUAUGGAAAGCUUUGGUUGAAGAGUCCAUUCUCAAUAUGCACACGUUGGAAGCAGAGGAGGGCAAAGUUGAGGAGGUCGGAUUGGAGAUCAUCUCUGACAUUGCUCCAAUGUCUCCGGAAGAAGCAAAGGAGUUCAAGCUGCCAGAGGAACUCUACCUUGAAGCUGAGCAUCAUUCCUUGAAGAGUUUGGCCCCUCUUUAUCAGUCGGAAGAGGGUGUUAUCGAGCUAAAAGAACAGACUGUUACUACUAUACCUCCGAAGCUGCCUGGAGAAAGUGCACAGAUCAUUGCAGUGCCAACACAACGACUCGAAAAUGUGACGUCAUCUACGGCAGAGGUCAUGAAAGCGCAACACUUUGGGGAUGAAGGAGUCAUAGAGGCCAGAGAAGAAUACAUCUACAUUAUUCCACCUUUUGAGGAAGAUGAUGCAGAAAUGAGUACGUUGCCUAUCCCCGAGAUGAGCCAAGCUUAUUCCGUUGCCUCUAGAACCGAAUUGUCACCGGAAGAGCACAGUAUCUAUCUGAAGGAACAAUAUGUCAACACCAUUGCGCCUGAGUCGGUUUCUGAUACGGCAAACACGUCCACUCUUCCUCAUCUACAGAUGGACCAGGCACACAUUGGGUCUUCCAGAAUGGAACGGUUCCCUGAAGAACAUUCUCUGGAUGUCAAGGAACAAUAUGUUGGCACCAUCGCGCCUGAGUCGGUUUCUGACACGGCAAACACGUCCACACUGCCUCAUCUACAGAUGGACCAGGCACAUGUUGGGUCCUCUAGGAUGGAGCGAUUCCCGGAAGAACAUUCUCUGGAUAUCAAGGAACAAUAUGUUGGCACCAUUCCUCCGGCUUCGACUAGUGACACUGCAAACCUAUCUUCACUCCCACACUUGGAGAUGAGUCGUGCUCAGGCGCAAGCCUACAGGAUUCAGUUGCUGGCCAGAGAAGACACUGAUGACUUUGAUGACCACAGUGUUCACGGACUGGCAUCUGAUGAGACUGACAAGGCACGGGAAUCAAACCUCCCUCAUCUGGAAAUGGACCGUGCCAGAAUCGAAUCCUACAGGGUCCAACAACUAGCCAGGGAAGACAUAGACGACUUUGAUGACCACAGUGUUUACGGAUUGGAAUCGAAUGCUUCUGAUAGGGCAUAUGAAUCAAAUCUUCCUCAUCUGGAAAUGGAACGUGCUAGAGUCCAAUCCUACAGGGUCCACCAACUAGCCAGGGAAGACAGGGAUGACUUCCAGGAACACACCGUGGGUUCCUUUGAAUCACAUGAUACGUACAGAGCAAGAGAGUCCGAUCUCCCUCAUCAGAGAAUGGACCGCGCUCGCGCCGACACUUACAGGGUCCAUCAGCUGGCACAGGAAAACGUCAUCGCCGCCAGAGAGCAACAGGUCUACGUCAUAAAGCCAUCUUCAUCCGAAAGAGCACGAUCAUCUUCCUUACCAUAUUUGCGAUUAGACAGAGCUCGUGCAGAGUCCUAUCGCAUCCAACAGCUAGGCAGAGAGCAAGUAAUCGGCACCAGAGAGCAGUACGUUAGCACCAUUCAGCCGUCAUCAUCAGCACAUGCAAGGUCGACAACCCUCCCUUCUGAACGCUAUCGGUAUGUUAUCCCUGCCCCGCAAAGGCAACCCCCAACCUUGGUAAGAGUGAGAGAUGUUAGAUGGCAGCCGCUUCUUGUGCAUGCUGCACCGAUCCGGGAUCUGCACCAAGAUCGCGUUAUAGCUGUCCACGGGGUGCGGGCAGGUUAUACAAAGAAAAUGAAAACGGAUAUACUAGAAGCACCAGCGGUGGAAACUGAAGUUAUCGAUGUCAUCCCACCGCUUCCAUCAGACGCUGCCAUGAUGGGUCGUAUUCCUGACGAUGUUGUACAGAAGGUACAAGUCCAAAGUGUGGAGAGUUACCAAGCACCCAUCGAGAGGGUCGUCGGGGAAAGAGUAGAAAUCGCCUCUGUCAUCCCCCCACUUCCACCUGGCAUCUUCCAGCAGAGCGACUCCCCAGUUGAUGUCUUCCGAAAGACUCACGCGCAGCAUGUUUACAGUCACGGGGUGGUCGAAAGACAAGAAACUAUCCCUACAAAUCUGCCAGCAGCGCAGUUGCCUCCGCUACAACACCGGACGUCUGUGUGGCGACUGGUUCCAUCGGGAAGUCCAUCCUCUCCCAUUUCUCCGGUAGAACAGAUGGCACCUAGGCAACACGUGGUCACUUCUGAUGACUUCCACAGAACAGACUCCUCAACCCUACACAGUAACUGGGUACCAGCCGAAAUACAGGUUGUAGGGGAGCUGGACUCACUCAUGCAACAAGGAAUCAUCAGGUAUAACCCUCUCAGCAAAGGGGUUGAAGAUGACGUGGAUGCUCAUCGAUACAACGAUGUCUUCACGGGCAAAGACAACAGCGGACAGAGGCCACAAGCUUGGACUGUCUAUCGGCCUCCCACGGCUCAGCAGUCUGGCAAUGUCAAAGUCGGGAACAUCCCUAGAGUUGGAUAUCCGACUAGGCAGUGGCCCUCAACACAGUCGUUGGUCUCGGAAACGGCGGCAGAUAGAGGUGAGGAUGACUUCGACUACGACAAAAUCAUCAAGAUGACCACCGGAGGAAAACAUGAACUGGGCGAACAUGGCGAACCAAGGUCUGGCUGGUCAACUGUGUCAGUAGAAGGCAGCGAGCUCAGCCCCGUACCACCGCCAGAACCUCGUAUGUUCUUCAAAACGGUUCCCAGCAGCCAAGAGUCAAUUUACGUAGAGCAACAUCGAGCAGGAAUGGUACAAGAGACACAUAUGUCACAGCAAUACCAACAGCCAAGAAUGGUCCGACAAUCGUCACACCAGUCACAAGUACAACACGGACCGCAAGAAAGAAGCAACAGACCGCCAUUUGCCUUUGACUUCGGUCGCCUGGUUCACUGGACGGUUGGUCGGCAGAACAAGAUCCAGCAACUCCAACCAGAGCGGGGUGCCGUACCGCAACAUCUUGUGCCGUUCGACUUUGACAAAGCCACGACGUGGACCGUAUCAGAGAAAUCCCGUGACGGCAGGACCAGCGAGGAGAAGACGUACGUCAGCGUAGGCGUACCGGUCCGGGUGAGAAACAACUAUUUCAUCAACGAUACCAACGAUCGUCAACAGACGUCACAAACUCAUCAGUCCGCACCACCGACAAGGGAUGUCCACCCGAGAAAGAUAGCUGAAAAUCUGCAUUGGACGCCUGCAGAUGGUAGAGGCCGACAAUCAUCACUUAAUUCUUACCAAGUCCAUGCAGGUCAGCAGCGUGAGUCGCAACAAUACGCACCGCCUCCCCCGGCUUACCCGGGCAGCCCGUCCCCGGGUACCGACGCUUCAGCUCCCGGGAGACGGUCAUCUCAGCGUGACUCUCAGGAUCCCUUCUCGUUAGGCUACCUUGAAAAACGGAGGCGGUCCAGCCAGGCCAGCUCCAUCAGUGACCGGUGGCUGAACCGGACCGGGCAAAACGACUCGGACGACGAUGACAACGCGUCUCUGCACUCGUGGUCCAGUUACGAUAGUUCACAGGUGAGAAAACUGGACCCCAGUCGACUCAAAAUGUUCGAGAAGUACAAAGCCAAGAAGAGAGCAAAGCGACAUCUGGAAAAUGGACAUGUCUGAUGAGCAAGACGCACAAGGCAGAUGUUUGUACAUGUACAGUACAGUACAUAAGAUAGUCUUUGGGAGGGAUAGUCUAACAGAGAUUAGUUUAUUUUGUUUGCCUUAGAAUGGUAAUAAUAGACGUACAGGCGACUUAGAAUCGACUCAAUGUGCAUGAAUACUAACAAAUGCACUACUUGAUGAUAAUAGAACACGUUACAUUCUGUAUUCUCAAGCUUUGUUAGUCGAUUGUAAGGUAGUUCAGCGCUGAGUACUGAUCAUGGUACAUUUUGAAGAAACAGCAACAUACCAAAUGAGUCAAUGUACAAAACUUAUUAACGUUACGUUACUUUUAGUUUACAAUCAAAUAUCUAAUGUCUGUAUAGUUGGCAUCCUUGUCUCUUCAGUAAAACCUAUAGCUACACAGACCUUGUCCUUUUAGUUUUGAUAUCUGGGCAGUUGUAUCCAGUAAGGGUUUCGGGAUUUGUGAAUAUAGAUUUAUAUUUUCACCACUAGCAUAAAUAAAACAGUCUAUUUUGCUCAAUAUUUUAUCAUGUUUGCUAUGUGUAUGUUACAUAUCAAAGUAUGCGAAUAGCUUUCUUAUGUAGAUCAAGCUGUUGAAAAUACGAAUAGAACAGCCAGUCUAUUUGUUGACUUACAUACUGCUGGACAAAGAUGUAGAGAUUUCUAGAAAUCUGACAUCAAUGCUUUGGGGCAUCUCGUACUGAACGCGUUGCAGCGCAAUUUUUAUCAAUAAAGUGUCGAUGAUUAUGU